AUGUCUGUAACAGCAAUUCACAUGAACACGAUCAAUCACUUGCCAACAACCUGUAAAACCCUCAAUCUCCAGUUGCCCAUCUGCUCCAAUCACAGAUUCGCUCUCUGUAUUCGUCGUAAUCCCAACUAUUCUCUGUCUCAGUUGCUUCCAAAAACCCUAAAUGGCUACUCCUCUCACUCUCCUUCGUCUUCUUACGUCAAUCGAAGAUCGAGAUUCAACACUCGUAAACGCUUAUCUGUUUCCAUGGAGUGGCAAGACUGCACAGUGAAGAUGGAAGUAGAUGUUCCAGUAUCAGUAGCUUAUAACUUCUACUUGGAUCGUGAGUCUUUUCCUAAGUGGAUGCCUUUCAUUUCAUCCGUAGAGGUGUUAAAGGACAAGCCUGACCUAUCACGUUGGUCACUCAAGUACAAUGCUUUUGGACAAGACAUUAAGUAUUCUUGGCUUGCUCGCAAUCUUCAGCCUACUCCUAAUCAGAAAAUUCAUUGGAGAUCUCUUGAAGGUCUUCCUAAUAAAGGCAGCGUUCGGUUCUUCCCUAAAGGUCCUUCAUCUUGCCUCGUUGAGCUAACUGUAUCAUAUGAAGUCCCUGCUCUUUUAACCCCUGUGGCAUCGGCGCUCCGGCCCUUUUUAGAAAACUUGCUUAGAGGUGGACUUGAAAGAUUUGCAGCCUUGGCUAAAACCACUUAA